GCAACUCAGACGGGUUUUGCACUCGGAACCGUUAGGACCUACAGAGUUAGAACGCGAGCGCGCGCGAUCGUACGAUUCCACCUUUCAAGAAGGUGUGCACACCUCGCAGAGGUCAGUGAACUUUGUGUGAAAUCUCGAUCGAGCAUCGAUCAUCGAUCAUAAUCAAACAAAAGUGCGUGAACCGUUGUACCAUCAUCCAUUCGCUCAAUCUUUUCGAUCGACAAGUGGGACGAAUACGUAACCAAGUUCAUCGAGAUCACCGAAUCGGCUCGAAAACCCUCAACCAUGCCGGAGUUUGUGAUUGAAAAGCGCAAUAUUCCAGUGCUGACGAUCGCGUCCAACGAUGGCCCAUCGGGAGGAUCGACGGGCGAAAAUUCGCUCGGCUUUCGGAUCACCGGCGGGGCCGACUUUGAAAUGCCCAUAACGGUGUUUCAGGUCAAGGAGGGCAGCGCGGCGGCCAAGGCGGGCCUCAAGUUGGGCGAUCAGAUCGUCACGAUCAAUGGGGCGGACGCGUCGGCGAUGCGCCUGGCCACGGCCGAAUCCGUCAUCAAGCAGGCCGCCGACCAGCUGCAACUCGUGGUGACCAAGGACGAAGAGGAAACCAAGGACCCCCACUCGCCGGCGGCCGACGCCGAGCAGAAGCCGAAGGAGACCCGCGAGAUCACGUUCGCAGGUAACGACCCGAACGACGGCUCCGAUGUCACUAACAAUCCCCACGCCCCCAAGCACAAGCCCUCCGACGACGCCGAACGUGAGCACUGGAUUCAGCCGCCGGAGCGCAAGGUGUGGCAUCCGAUCGUGUGGCAGCAGCCGCCGCCACCGAUUCCACCGGAUGUGUACGGCAAGGACGCGCCCCACCAGCGGCUGAUCAAGAACAUCCGCCGACUGCUGGUCGAAACCAAGGCCAAGCCGGAAGAGCGCCAGAAGCACAUCGAGCACAUGAUGCUGUCCCUGCCGUCGGGACCGCGGCCAAAGAGCGACGACGACGAAGAGGAAGAGCCGAAACCGGUUCCGAAGCCGAAGAAGAAGAAGCGCUCCAAGAAGAACGGCAAGGGACGAAAGCGCACCGAAAGUGAAACCUCGGACGAUUCAAUCUCCCACAAAAUCUCCGUGUCGGCCACCAGAUCCAAAACGAUCCUCGAGGAACCCUAGAGGGAGGAGAUCUAUCAUCAAAAAAACAUACAUCAACACUAACCCAAAUACAUUGACGCGAAUUCAUUAGCUAGGUUAUGUUAAAAUAAUUAAACGCACACACACACACUCACAAAGAAACAAAACAUCACACUAACACAAAACGCGCACUGACACCGACACGUACACAUUACUUAUACAAAAGGCACGACACUGAAGGAGAGAACAAUAGGGAAGAAAGAAAGUUCGAAAAAAAAGAAACAAAACAAAAAAAACGAGUAAACAAAUAUUUUAUUAUUUAAUCACUUUAUUUAUUCAGCACGGAACAGGUUUGAUGAGAGAGAAGCUUACUGUGGAACCCUUCUUGAUUAAAGUGUUCUAUUGUUUUAUUUAACCGGAUGGGAGAAAAAAAAAGAGGAAGAAAUACAGGUCGUGGAAAUGCCGGCUCACAUCUCUGUUGUUAUUAUUUCUAUUUUGCUGUGAACAGUGUUUAUCAAGCUAUUGUUACCAAAUAUAAAACUGUAUCGUUGCUUCGCAACAUAACAAUUGUUUAGCGAAAUGUACUUAACUUCUACCAGAAUCCCUAUUAUUGAGUAAUAAAAUGUGGUUGUUUAACAAAAAGACAAA